GCGGGAAAGCAGCCGGUUUAAAUGGAAAGUGGAGUGCGCGGGAGCCCAACUUUCCGACUGUGUGGCUCCGGGGAGGGUUUGAGCUUUGUCCGCUGACCUAGUUUUUACCCCAUCCACUCUCGCUUUGGCCAUGGUACGGACUAAGGCCGACUGCGUGCCGGGCUCCUAUCGCAAAGUGGUGGCCGCUCGGGCGCCCCGGAAGGUUCUCGGUCAUUCCAGCUUCGCCAAUUCCUCUCCCUCGCCUCUGUCCAGAAAAGCUGAAAGUAAGUAUGCAGGUGGAAACCCAGUAUGUGUACGGCCAACACCUACAUGGCAAAAAGGAAUUGGAGAAUUCUUUGGGAUGUCCUCUAAACCUUCAGAAAAAGAAAAUCAAAUUCCUGAUGAAGCAGAAGCAGGAAGUAGCGGCCUAGGAAAACCUAAAAGAAAAUCUUAUCCUUUGCGACCUGAUCCCACAGAGGAUGAUGAAUGUCCAGAUGAAGAAUAGAACAUUGUCAUGUAUCUUUGUUUUAGUCAGAAUUCUAGGAUGUAAAAUUGUGUAAAUAUGUUUGUUUACAAUGGUUACCUUUAUUUGUUGUACAGAAAUUUAAUUAAAAAUACUAAAAAAAUCUGCUUAAAUUUAGUCAGUAGCAAGUAGUUUUGAAUGGGAGACUAUAAAAUUAAUAUAUGCAUAUAUAAAUAUUUAGCAUAGGUAUUAACAUUAAGCAGUAUUUUAUUUUCUGUUCUUAAUACCAUAAGCUCCUUGUUUAUCCAAAAAGCAUUACAUGAUAUUAAAACUAACUUGCAACGUUGGAGAUUGGCUUGGAUCUUUGUGCCACUGCCAUUUUAUUGGCAUCUUUCUUGAUAUAGUGCCAUAUUUUUAUUUUUCAUUUGCUUGAAAAGCAGUUAGAAUUUGCACAUUUAAAAACUGUUUUCCCAGUAUUAACAAAACAUAAAGGAUAUACUUAAAUGACUUAACUUUCUUCAGAAAGAGAAGUUAGAUGCCAUUUCGAAAGCAUUUGGAGAGGUAUGCUCUAGUUAGGAAAAGAUUGCUUUUCAGCGUCUCAAAUUUUUAAUAGAUAGAAGCUCAUAAAACAUUUUUUAUGUAUUAAGAUUCCUUUUAUGUUGAAACAUUCAAUUUAUAGCAUCUUUUUUUGUACUAGCAAAGAAUUGGAAACUGAAGUGAUGCCCAUCAUUUGGGGAAUGGCCGAACAAGCUGUAGCGUAUGAUUGUGAUGGAAUACCAUUAUGCUAUAAAAAAUGAUGAGCAGGAAGUUUUCAGAAAAACUUGGGAAGACUUCCAUGAACUACUGCAAAGUGAAUUGAGCAGAACCAGGAGAACAUUAUACACAGUAACAGCAAUAUUGCAUAAUAUCAACUGUGAAUGACAGCUAUUCUCAGCAACAUAAUGAUCCAAGACCAUUGCAAAGGACUUAUGAUGAAAAAUGCUAUCCACCUCCAGUGAAAGAACUGAAUACAGAUUGAGGCAUACUUUUUAAAUUUUCUUUUUUUGUUUUCUUUUGGUCUUCAUUUUCUUUCACAACUUGGCUAACAUGGAAAUGUUUUAUAUUAACUAUAUUUGUAUAAUCUAUCAAAUUGCUUUUUCAAAGAGAGGGUUAAGAAAGGAGGAGGGAGGGAGAGAAUUUUGAACUCAUUUUUUUAAAUGUUAAAAAUAAUUUUAACAAUUUUUUAAAAAUUAAAAAGACAAAAACAUUUAAAUUAAACAAGAAAGUGGACUGUAGAUGAAAAGAAUCCUAGAUUGCAUGUUCAAUUCAUAAUAAUUGUUAUUGUAGUUAUUCGCAUGUAAAUACCGCUUUACAGUUUACAAAAUGCUUUCUUAGCUCUGUAUAGUAGAUAGCACAAGCAGUAAUAAAAGUUCUGUUUCAAUUGGACCUGAAGGUCUAUUUAUAAGGCAUUUUCUCCACAAUUAUGUGGACUAGGUAGUAUAGUAGUUUUAUUAUGCCUGUUUUCUAGAUGAGGAAGUUGAGACUUAGAAUUGCAAAGUGGUUUGCCAGAACUUGAAUGCUGGUCUUCUGAUUCCAAAUCCUGUGUUCUUUUCCUCUUCUGCCAUGAGGAAAUAGUUUCUGUCUUAAGUGCUAAAUGUCUGAGCCUUAAAGAUGAGACAGUAUGCAUUAUCACUGCUAAUAAGCAAUAUUCAUUACUUGCACAGGCUCUUCUAGAUAUUCUAAAUAAAAAUCCCUUGGGAUUUUUUUUUUCUCACUUGUACUAAGGCUUUAAGCAUUUGUAAGGAAUCAAAUUUUAAGGUUUGACUAAAUAUAUGAGAAUUUUAAAAUAAUGCUGUGGUUGCUGAUUUAAAAAUAUUAUAGCUCAAGUCAAAUAGAUUUUCAGUAGCUUUAUUUACAAUGAGGUUGGAAAGAGUGAAAGUAGAGAAAUAUAAAAGAGAGUAGAGUAAGAAGUCUAGCCUAUCACCCUAAAUGUUGCUCCUGUCCCAGCUUCAACCCAGGCAAGGCUUGUUAAUCCCCCCUCACCAGGAGGACUUGGUGGUGAAUUGAGCAAAGGGUUCAAUCCAUGUGGCCUCCUCCAAGAGGGGAGGCCUCUCUGGAACUAAUCUCUCCAGAAGCCAAGAAGGGAGGAUCAGCUUCUCACUCACCCAAGCCAAAGCUCCAAAGGAGAAGAUCCAGGAGCAGUCUUACCAGAAGCAGUCUAAGAGCCAGAGUCCCAGGUCAAAGUCCCAAGUCAUCGCUCUAAGCUGCAGUCCCAGUCCAAGAUCCUCCAAGCCAGAAAUUCAGGCCAAAGACUCUCUUGGUCAGGAAGUUCAGGACUUUUAUAGUCCUUUUUCCAUGUCCCUUCCUGUCCCUUCCUCCACUUUACAGGAGCCAAUUGCAGUCUUUAAAUUUGCUUAGCACUGCCCAAGAGGUGGUUAAUCACUCCCGGAGUUGUCACCUAUUUUAGUAAGUGACUUGCAGACCUCCCCUACUUAGUGUUAAGUAAGCUAAGUGUUAGGAUUAACUCUCCCCUUACCUAUUUUUAAAUUAACCAACAAAAUCUUAUCUUCACACAUUUGACUAGACAUUUAACCAAAUUACUAUUAAUUCCACCAAGCAAAAAACAUGUCCCUACAAGUAAACUGAAAAAACUAAUCUCAAGGGAAAAAAUUAUAUGAUACCUGACACAUGAGCACUUAAUAAAUUAUUGUUUAGUAAUUUAAUUAAUAAAUAUUAGCAUCCCAAUUCUUAAUUAGAAUCCCUCAAGUGAUAUUUUUACAAAUAAUAUAAGAAUACACUGCUCUGUUGCCAGAUGUUACCUAGGCAUAAAAUUUACCUACCUUUAGGAUGAAAAGUGAGGAUUAAACUGCAUCAGAAUAAUUCUGUCAUGUAUGUGUCACCAUUAUAUCUUUCAUAAGGGUAACUAGGGGCAUAAUUAAGGAGGUAAGAUAGGUCUAUAAUACUGUCUUACUUUGUAAUAAAGCUUUUGCUCAUUGAAAUGUCAAAUGAAAAAUUUAACUUUUAAUUUGAAUUUGUUUUUCUGGUAUGAACAUUCUUUGAAAUAAAAACAUAAUUUCAUAACAUGCAUAGCA